UACUACCUGUGCUGUUUAAGGAAGAGCUGAAAAAUGUAGAGUCUGAAGAAGGGGGAACGGCUGUCUUGCACUGUGAGAUCUCCAAGCCAGAUGCCCCUGUUGAAUGGAGAAAAGGAGGGGUGGUCAUUCAGCCCAGUGACAAGUACGAGAUGAAGCUGAAAGGCAGCAUUGCUGAGCUGAUUAUCCAUGGUGUAGAGCCUGAUGACUGUGGGGAUUAUACCUGCAGCACUGGAUACGAGAUCACCACAGGUUCUGUGUAUGUGCAAGCCAAGAACAGCAUUGUCCAGGGCUUGGAGAAUGUGGAAGCCAUGGAAGGAGGAGAAGCCCUGUUUGAAUGCUAUCUCUCCAAGCCCGAGUGCUACAAUUACAACUGGCUGAUUGAUGAUGAACCUGCCAAAACUACAGAAAACACAGAGAUGGUUUACUUUGAAAAUGGACGCAGGCAUCUUCUGCUGCUGAAGAACCUAACCCCCCGGGACAGCUGCAGGGUGACUUUUAUGUGCAGCGAUGCAGUGACCUCAGCCUUCUUGACGGUGAAAGAAUGGCGCUUACGGAUCUUGCAGCCUCUCACAGAUGUCGAAGUCUCUCCAGGGGAGAAAGCUAUAUUUAGCUGCGUUCUAAGUGAAGCAGUGCCAAUUACUGAAGUUGCCUGGUAUAGUAAUGACAUAGAGAUCCAGUCAGAUGAGGACUGGGAGGUACAAGCAGAUGGAAACAAAUACAAACUUAUUCUGAAAAAAGCCCAACCUCAUCAUUCUGGAGAGGUGACCUUUGCUUCCAGGGAAGCAAUUGCAUCAGCCAAGUUAUCUGUGAUAGCCCGCCCCGAUCCACCUGAAGAACCAGAGGUUUUAAGUAAGAACAGCCACUCUGUAACUCUGUCUUGGUACAAGCCGUUGAGCGAUGGCGGUUGUGACAUCCUAGGCUACAACGUGGAGAGGAAAAUCCCAGGUAUUGGCUGGCAGUCAUGCAGCCAGGGCAUUAUUCAAAACACAGAGUUUAUGGUGGACGAUCUCACCCCUGGUGAACCCUACAGAUUCCGCGUCUCGGCUAUAAACAAAGUUGGGGCCAGCGAGCCAGUCCACUUCCCUCAGACGGUGCGGCUAGAGCCUCCAGUUACAGUCACCCAUCCUUUGGUGGGAGGAUCCGUCUCAGAAGGGGAGGUGGCUCGCUUGGAGUGCAAGUUAUCAAGUGAAACUGAAAAGAGAGUGACAUGGUUCAAAGGAAAAGAACAAAUACAAGCUGGAGGGAGAUACGAGAUCCUCUCUGAUGGAAAAAAGCAGAUACUCAUUAUUCAUGCAUUUAAACCUGAAGAUCAGGACACAUAUACCUGCAUGGUUUCUCCAGAAGUCAAAUCUGUUGCCAGCUUGUGUCUUGAAGUUCCCACAGUGACAAUGCUAAAAGAGAUUGCCAGGGAAGCACCCCCUGAGAGCCAACCAGAAGAGCUGGUGGAUGGCCAUGUCCAGCCCAGCUUGCCCCCUGAGGCUGCUCAGGAGGGAGACCUUCACCUCCUGUGGGAAGCCCUGGCCAAGAAACGCCGGAUGAGCCGGGAGCCCACCUUGGAUUCCAUCAGCGAGGUGCCUGAAGAGGACGAGAAGCUUCAGAAGUUGAGGAAGGAGGAAGCAGAGAUGUCUCACUAUUACUCAGAGGAGUACUCCACGUGUGAUGAGCUGGCUAGGACAGGAGAAGCAGAUCUCUCAUUCACAAGCUCAGAUGAUGAGUCUAGAGCUGGGACUCCUUCACUGGUGAACUACCUCAAGAAAGCUGGGAAGACAAGUGUCAGUGUUACUAGCAAGGUUCAGUCCACCUCCACAGGCAAAUUAUGGAAACAGUGGGAGAAAUCCGGUGCGGAGACUGUUGUGACUGCCCCAGCUGCUAAACCAGCUGAACCAGAAAUACCAGAUUUAGAUGAUCCUUCCAUGAACAUGGCCGCUGUGAAGAUCCAGGCUGCUUUCAAAGGCUACAAAGUCAGGAAAGAGAUCAAACAACAAGAGUGCCCAGUGUUUACUGAGACCUUCAAAGAUUUCUCUGGUGAGCCUGGAAGCACUCUCCACCUUGAGUGUGUGGCCCACAGCAAAACCGACAUGAAAGUCCGUUGGCUGAAAGAUGGGGAGGAGCUUUCAGACAGUCGCCACCAUCACAUAGACAAUUACAGUGAUGGGACCUGCUCUUUGAUUAUCACUGGCCUGGACAGGAAAGAUGCGGGUAAAUACACCUGUGAGGCAUCCAAUAAAUUUGGCAAGGUUUCACACAGUGCUAAGGUGGUUAUUGGCACUCAGGAACCUCAAGUUCUUCAUAAGGAGGAGCAGGUUAAACAAAGCACUGACAGUGAGACAGAGAGCUCAUCUGGCAGUGAGCUGGAUGAUGCUUUCCGUAAAGCAGGAAGGAGACUUCAUAGACUCUUCAGGGCCAAGAUCUCAACAGAGAUAUCUGACGUGGAGGAAGAGCUCUUUGUCAGUGCAGAUGAAGGGGACAUAGAGGUGGUUGACCAGCAGACAUAUCGUGAGGAUGACCAGUACAUCUACAUCAAGUUUGAAAUCUUGUCUGAGGCAAAAACUGCUGCCACUCGUUUCAGAGAGAUGUUUGGUGCCCUGGGAAUUCCCGUGGAGAUUGACAUUUUAGAACAAAGCCCUAAAAAAAUUGAAUUGCGUAUUGGGAAAGCAACACCACCCACCCAUGAGAAGUUUGUACCACCAGUAGUGAGACCUCCACCACCUUUGCUGACUUCUGAUACAGCUCCCAUGUUCAUGACUGAGCUCCAAAACCAAGAGGUACAAGAUGGAUAUCCAGUCAGCUUUGACUGCAUUGUCGUUGGCAAACCGCUCCCCACGGUUCGCUGGUUCAAGGAUGGGAAAGCUAUUGAAGAAAACGAUCAUUACAUGAUCAACGAGGACCAGGAAGGGUGUCAUCAGCUGAUCAUCACAGCUGUGGUCCCCGCUGACAUGGGUGUUUAUCGUUGCCUUGCUGAAAACAACAUGGGAGUUGCUUCAACCAAGGCUGAGCUUCGAGUGGACUUGACCAGCACUGACUAUGAGACAGCAGCAGAUGCAACAGAGACGUCUUCUUACUACAGUGCCAAAGAAUAUAUUUCAAG